AUGCGUGUACACUGGUAAUUGGGACAGUGGGGGAUCACAGGCGAUAUGGUUACCAGGAUGGAGAAGAUGGAGGCCUGUAUGACUGCAGAUGAGGAGACUAAAAGCUCUGUGGACCAAGCGAGUGAAGGAUUCUUAAAGAAGCUUGUUAAAGAGGAGGACACUGAAGAUGAAGAUUAUUUCUGUGGAGGAACAUCAAGCUCUGUGGAACACAUCACUCCUGUGGACCAACAGAAUGAAGGUUUCCCCAUAAGGGUUGUUAUAAAGAAGGAACCUGAAGAUGAAGAUCACCUGUACUGUGAGGACUGCAGAUCCUACAACAAGUGUGAACUUCACGGUCCAGCUCACUCCAUUCCUGAUACUCCUGAUCCCAUUGGGGUCACUGACCAAGCCAUACAAACCCUUCCAUCCGGUCUAGAGGUUCAGGAGUCCAGUAUCCCUAACGCAGACACAAAAGGCUUCUCCUGCUCCUUGUGUGUGUUCUCCUACACCUCUCAAAUGUAUCUCCUCAACCACAUUAAGAGUCGCCACCAUGAGGAAUAUCUGAGGCUGCUGAAUUCUGGAGAGAUUAAAUACGAGAAUCUGCUGCCCAUAAGUACCAGCAUUCAGCAAACAGUUUCCGGUCCUUUCAACGAUGUCUCAGCUUCCAGAGAAACGCAGAAGAGUUUUGACGACCCAAGUGUUCUCAGAUCACAUCAGCGCAUUCACACCGAAGAGGACGAACAUCAGUGCUUACAGUGUGGGAAGAGCUUUAUUCAAAAGAGUACUCUCAACCAACAUGAGCGUGUCCACACCGGAGAGAAGCCGUAUCACUGCUCGCAGUGUGGGAAGCAUUUUCAUUCCAGAAGUAAUCUGAAAACACACCAGCGCAUUCAUACAGGAGAGAAACCGUACGAGUGCUCGCAGUGCGGAAAGAGGUUUACACAAAAAGCUAGUCUUCACUCACACGAGCUCAUUCACACCGAUGAAAAACCGUAUCACUGUUUACUGUGUGAGAAAAGUUUUACCUUCCUGAGCACGCUUGAACGCCACCAAGCCAGUCACAUCAAAAAGAAGCCGUAUCACUGCUCAGAGUGCGGGAAAAGCUUUUCACGCCCGAGCCAUCUCGCAAUACACCAGCGCAUUCAUACCGGAGAGAGGCCUCAUCACUGCUCACAGUGUGGGAAGAGUUUUACCAACCAAGGUCAUCUUGAACGACACCAGCGCAUUCACACAGGAGAGAAACCGCAUCGGUGCUCGCAGUGCGGGAAAAGUUUCUCGCACCCGAGUCAUCUCAGACUGCACCAGCGUAUUCACACCGGAGAGAAGCCUCAUCACUGCUCACAGUGUGGGAAGAGUUUUGCGCACCUGAGUAAUCUCAGAAAACACCAGCGCGUUCAUACCGGAGAGAAGCCUCAUCACUGCUCGCAGUGUGGGAAGAGUUUUACCAGCCCGGGUCAUCUUAAACGGCACCAGCACAUUCACACAGGGGAGAAACCGUAUCGGUGCUCACGGUGCGGAGAGAGUUUCGCCCAGCAGUGUAGUUUCCAGUCGCACCGGCGCAAUCACACCGGAGAAAAGCCGCAUCACUGCUCACAGUGUGGGAAGAGUUUUACAGACAGAAGUGUUCUCAAACAGCACCAACACAUUCAUACGGGAGAGAAGCCGUAUCGGUGUUCACAGUGCGGGAAGACUUUUGCCCGGCAGGGUAAUCUCCACUCGCACCAGCGCAUUCACACCGGAGCGAAACCGUAUCAGUGCACACAGUGUGGAAAGAGCUUCAGCGAAAGAAGUAAUCUAAACAGACACCAGCACAUUCACACAGCAGAGUAACUCCUGUAUGAAUUAAGAUUUGUUCAUUUUGAACUUGUCCCAUCAAGAAACAUUGUGUAAUUAUUAAAAGUAGCUUCCACUGCUACAGCCACGACACAUCAGUUUGUUGCUUUCUUCUACCUCUCACAUCACUGAACUUGGUUUUCUUAAGGUUCUUGUUGAUGCUCCUUAGAUCUAUUAAUAUUUUUAACUCCAGCAGCUACUCCUACCUGGAUGCUGCAGAACUUAGGCAGAGUUAUCUUAGUGGUUAAGGCUUUGGAAUAUGGAUUAAAAGAUUAAGAUAGACUUUGUCAUUGUAGUUAUACAACAACUUUGUUUGGUGUCUCUCAGUAAGACCAGCGGCAAUAAUAUAAUAAAAAAUAAGAUACAAACUAUAUAACUACGUACAACAAAAAUAAGAUAAAACUAUAGGAAAUGUGGGGGUGGCAUGGUUGCUCAGUGGGUAGCACUGUCGCCUCACAGCAAGAAGGUCCUGGGUCAAAUCCCCAGGCGGGGCGGUCCGGUUCCUUUCUGUGUGGAGUUUGCAUGUUCUCCCCGUGUCUGCGUGGGUUUCCUCCGGGUGCUCCAGUUUCCUCCCACAGUCCAAAGACGUGCAAGUGAGAUGAACAAGUGAGAUUAAACUUGUGUAAUGAGAGACUACCUGUUCUGUCGUGAAUGUAUUUAAAAUGUGUAAAACAUAAUAAUAAAUAAACAUAGGAAAUAAGGAGUAUUUACAUGAUGAUAUGAAUAUAUCAUCAUGACAAUAAAGCUGAGUCUGAGUCUGAUAUAUGAACUGGGUUUGAAUAGUGCAAAACAGAACAGCAUAACCAGUAUUGCAGUGGAAAAAAAAG